AUGAAACGCUGAGGCCGGAGCAGAGGGAACUGCUGGAGCUGGCGAGGAAGAGGAUGGACGGCUCAGGCUGCUGGUGCUUCUCCCCACCACCGCUGGCAGUUCGGCCCUGGUCUGGAUGGGGAAUGAGGCAGCACAAGGCGGGAGCUGCCUCGCCUCCAAGGAGAGCCAGCAGCCAGCAGUUCACACAGAGGCGGCCCUAAAAAUAGGGAUUUAUUUAUUCAUUUAUUUAUUUAUUGCACCCGGGGGUGGCCCCAGCUGCUUUUUUAGCUCAGCUGUUUCCAACCAGGCUGAGGCAAUGAUUUACCAGCUGGCGGCUCCUUCCUUCCGCCCUGCGGACCUUUGAGCCGGCCUGGCCGCCUGGAAAAUGUUUUCCCCCAGCUCCUGGCUGCCGGCUUUGCCCGGCCUGGCCUGGGGCUGGGCACUGCUGGAUGGGCUCCUGCAAGGGCUGGUGGGCGCCUGCGCCGUGUCAGUGCUCUGCAGCCUCAUGAAGGUUCAUCUCCACGUGCGGUGCUCCGACGAGCCGGAGCGGCAGGCGGAGAAGGAGGCGCUGCGGGCGCAGCGGUGGCUGCUGGACGCCCUGCAUGUGCCGCUGCUCACCGUGGUGCUGGCCGCCACCGGCUCGCGGGUGGCCGCGCUGGUGGCCCUGGAGUUCUCCCUGCGGGCUGCCUCCGCCCUCCUCUCCCAGAGCAAGGAUGGCGCCGGCAGCCAGCUCUACCUGCUGUGCCAGUACUCGCUGGGCUGCGGCGUCCGCUGCGGCCUCGGCUUCUUGCUCAACGGGGCGCCGCACGCCACGUGCAACCUGCUGCUGGCCGCCGGGCUGGCGGGGCUGCUGGCGGCGGGCGCCCGGCGCUUGGCACGCCACGUCUGCGCCCUCUACGAGCUGCACAGCCGGGCCCGCUACUGCGGCGUCUGUAUCGCCCUGCUCGCCUCUGGCCACGGCGUGCCGGGGCUGCUGCGCCGGGCGCUGGCCGUGGCCUUCACCGUGGCCGACCUGGCCGCCGUGGCGCUGCUCAACCGGGAUUUCCUGGGGCCGGCAGAGGCAGCGCGCUUCUGGAUACCGCUCACCAUCUGCUACGCGCUGCUGGUGGUCUACAUGCAAGCAGAGGAGCGGGAGCAGGGCCCGCCGGUCUACCAGACGGUCUUCGUGAGGAUGGGUGGCCUCCUCAUCCUCCUGCUCACUGUGGGCCGCUGGGCGGACAUCCUGAGCGUCCUGGUGUCGCUGGUGGGUGAGAUGUGGUGCCUCCUCCACGCCAGCGUCAUGCUGAACAUCUGCAGGCAGCAGGAUUCGGCCUGGCAGCAGGGAGAGUUUUCAGCGGCGCCGGCAAUGUCUUCGCAGCGCUCCAGCUUGGAGAGGGCAUCCUGAGGGUGACCGCAGUGGGCGCCAGGAAACGGGGCCAGUGUCCCCAAACAUGGCUGCCCCCGCCCCGUCCUUGCCACACACCAGGGACUGGAGGCUUCGCGUCCGCAGGGUCUGGUGGCCAAGCCGUGAUUGGAAACUGCGGGAAAAUAAAGCGUUUCUGGCCGA